AAGGGAUACGACGUCUUGACAAACUAUUAGUUUCCCAAUGACAGUUACAACGAUUGUGACAGUUAAAAAAAAUAAACACUCGACUUCAGAGACAUGCAAAAAUACACCUUCUAUAACAGCACCCAAUAUCAUUGCGGAAAUGGCCCCAGUUGCCAGAUAACAGACAUAUAUCCCCAGGUCGCUGAAGUGUCAAAUAGCUGUGGCCCACAUCAUUUACUGAACAUGAGCUGCUGCCACUUCACGGUGGCACAACUUUCUUGAGUGAGCCUACCACGAGAAUCCUGCGGUGGACAUUUUCACAUAUAGAAAUCAUAUAGAACGCGUUAAGUUUAAAGUGUGGGUGUGUUAUUUUCCCAUGCAAAAUGACAAUUGUUUUGUUUGAUAACGUGAUAUGUCUUGUCAUCCCGCAGAGGAGAACUAUCCUGUGGAGAAGAGCCGGUCAGAUUCCGCCUGUUCAAAGCGCGCUCGUACUGCCUAUACAAGCGCCCAGCUCCUGGAGUUGGAAAAGGAAUUCCAAUUUAGUUAUUACCUGUGCCGCUCGCGGCGCAUGGAUAUGGCGAAUCUGCUGAACCUUACAGAGCGGCAGAUAAAGAUAUGGUUUCAGAACCGGAGAAUGAAGCACAAGAAGGAUCAAAGGGACAUGGGCAUGAUGCCAUCUCCAGCAGAGCAGUCACCUUGUAGUCCAAAGUCACCGUCCUCGGGGGCAGCCACUGGGGGAAGCGGCUAUCGAUACUCUCUGGACCACAGCUUGCAGUAUAAUCCGCCAUCUCCUACUUAUAGUAAACCCCAUCCCAAUGCAUUCAAUUUAUUUGCGUCAUUUCCGCCCCCACUGGGCAGCUCGGUACCCAGCUACGCAUCACUCCAUAACCAAUGUUCAGAAACUGUUCAAAAAUGUACCGCGACCAAUUACGAGACGAAUGGCCUUCGAGGCAGAUGGACAUAUAGUCAAGGGAGUUCUCAGGGAAGCGGCUGCUACUCAAGCCAAGGGGUUGGUACCGGUACACCAAUUUCCGGACUGACAAAUCUCUUUCACCCUCCUUCUGACAGCAUGGACUACGAUGGGGAAACCAUUUUAGGUAACAGCCAUUCCAGAGCGUGUGAACCCAGCGCCUGCGUAUACACAGACCUUACAUCGCAAUACACCCAGGGAAGAAUUCCGGAAGCACCUAAACUGACAGAUCUGUGAUGGGGAACACUGCUCCUUGUACCCCUAAAGCUUCGCCUCCUUUUCCUUUUCAAUUCAGCAUGAUGUGGUGUACAGGAAGGGACGUUAAUAAUUUUGAAGUUCUUAUUCGAAUCAUUUUUGCUUUCUGUAUUAACUUAUACCAUGCUCCGAUGUAGGUUACCUCAUCGAGUAGGGGAGACCAGGUAAAUGCAGUUUUGACACUGGGACAGUUGUAACUUGCUUAAUUUCUCAGCCCGUGUCUAACGUAAUGCGAUGUUAUAUAUGGGGCGGCAUCAACAUGAUACGUUCAAAAUUUCAGCUAUUGUCUCAUUCUCUGUCAAAAGUUAUAGAAGCAGUCAUGUUGUUUUAUAAAGUUUAAGUUUUGCGCAAGAUUUUGACUGCGAAAUUGAUGUAUUUUGACAGGAUCACAAGAAACAGGUAGAACUAAAAUAUUAGUUGCAUAUAAUGUGCCUAUCCUAUCAGAUAUUAGCAAAAGUCGGCUGGAGACAAUUGUAACACGCAUUACAAUCGGUUGCAACCAGCGAGCGUGGCUACGUGAAAUAAUCUCCACUUUUGAAAACAAACGCUGUAAAGACAACAACUUACAGAAAAACCCUUAUCCACCACUAUUUUUGUUUGAAUAUUGUUUGAAUACGGCUGUUGCCGUACAUUUGACCUUACCCCUACAAACCGGCAUGUUACAAUUGUUCUUGGUACUGUCCGCGAAACCUUAUGGCAGUCACUGCUUUUAGAUGAAAAUGAGAGAAAAAGUAAGGCACAUGUGCUUGAACUAGUGAAGUAAGCUAAAUAUGGAGAUGAACGUCGUAUGUCGCCUAGGCCUAUGUUAAAAUGAAAGGUGUCACUACCUGGUCUCCCCUACACCCUUAGUGUACUUAGUCUAAUGUUUAUCUUAUUUAAAAUCAUGGUGAUCAAAAUAUUGUAACUGUAAAUGUGAAACUGUGUGUCCGUUCUUGAAGUGCUAAUUUUCCUUAAAUCUUAAAAUGAAGACCAGAAAUUGUCCAGUGGGCUAUUUACUUAUCGUGUGUUGUAAUUUCAAACGAAAUUUUAAAUACAAACCACAUUCCCGUGAUGUUACAUUGAUAAGAGGCCUAUGACCUUCGUGAAAGUUACCUUUUGUGGUGAUUCGAGGGCAUGCAAUCAUGAAUAAAAUGCAAAAAAAG